UUUCAUACGUAGCACUUGUUUUUUUAGUACAUUUAAAAGAUAGUGAAAGGUCACAUCGGUCAAGUUCGAACCGCGAAGCAUUGUUAGAUAGAGAAAAAUAGAGAGCUGAUAGAGAAUUGUUGAAGAACAAGAAAACUUUGGCCACACAUACACAAGUGUGUAAUAAGAAAAUAAUAUAAAAAUAUCUCCUAAAACUUAAAAGAACAUAGAUAUAAGAUAAUUACAAUAGAGAAAUCUAACAGAAAGUGAGAGACGUUUGAAAGAUGUGCUAAUUUUUCAGGUCGCUUCUAGACUUUUAACUUUUAGACUUUUAAAUUCUUGUACAGAGUCUCUGGCAAGAUCUCUUCCGCAAAUAACUCGCCGCUUGGUACGCUUAUAUAUUGACUCGGUAUAUUCGCAGGACGGUAGGGACAGAUUACAGAUUACCCACUAACUAUUCGACCCGGUAGCGACGAGGUCCGGGGAGACCUCGGUGCUCUUUAAUGAAAUAGCCACUCCUGUGGAGUGCAAUGAAGUGCAAUGAAUGAGAGAGCUGUGUGUCGCGAGCGUGAUAUCAUCGUGGUGGUAGCAUAGUAUCAAACGCUUCGAAAUUCUUUUUACGUGGCAGAUUAUAAUGACAUCAAAGAUGAAAGCGUUGCCUCUGCUUGCGGUGUAUCUCGUUAUUGCGACAUACGCUCUGAACAACGAGGAGCUGCUGGAGCAAGAAUGCCCCGUGGAUUGCCACUGUCACUACUUUCGCAUCAACUGGGUGACGGACUGCUCGGAUAGCAAUCUCACGAGCAUCCCAUACAACGAGCUCAGCCAAAAUGUUUACAUUUUGGACAUGAAUGACAAUAAUAUCGCAAAGAUCGGCCCAUUUCCAGACUCGAUCCAUUUGAGGCGCCUUCAAAUGGCGCAUAACCAAUUAACCGAGCUGACGUACGAAUCAUUUGCCGGAUUAACGUACCUCUUGGACGCAGACUUCUCGUAUAACGCUAUUACGCGAGUGGAUCCCGAAGCGUUUCGGGACAGCCCGGGUCUAAUUACAUUGGAGCUCCAACACAAUCCCUUGGACGAGAUUGAGGAACCCUUCCUGAAUUGCCGCACGCUACUGUACCUCGAUCUGAAUUCAUGCGGUAUCAGCCACCUCAACACGCGCUUCUUCUACAACACGACGAAUUUGAAUAAGCUCGACCUGUCGCAUAAUCCCUUGCAAAGGAUAGAACCGGGUCCCUUCGAUCAUCUGACGAAUUUGGAAUAUCUCAAGCUGAACGGAUGCAAUUUAACCUACGUAUCGCCUGAGGCGUUUUGUCAUCUGGAAAAUUUGCGACAAUUAGAGAUAGCGGACAAUGAAUUGAAAACGUUGGAUUGGAGGAGCGUUCUCACUCCGUUGGUGCGUUUGGAACAUCUGGAUAUCCGCAACACCGGUAUCACGAAUCUACCGGGUGAUGCCUUCGCCAAGAAUUUGUAUCUUCUACAGUUGGUCCUCGCGGACAAUGAAUUGGGGCAUCUGGACGUCGAAGAUACGCUCGGCCACAACUUGCACAGUCUACAAUCCCUGGAUUUAUCCAAUUGUAAUUUGCAGGAUCGCUUAUCCGAGGAAGCUUUCAGAAAUGCAAGCAAAUUACGCGUACUCAAUUUGAGCGGUAAUCCAAUGUUCGCCAGCGAUGUAACUGCCGUCCUACGUCAUCUACCAAGGCUUCACAAGCUCUCUCUCACCAAUUGCAGUCUACGAAGGUUGCCAGAUGCCUUCGAUGUGCUUGAACAUCUGGAAGAACUCGACAUCUCCCAUAAUCCAUUAUCUGACGCAUUUGUCAGUCUUCUCAAUCCGUUACACUCUUUGGAGUAUUUAGAUAUGUCUUAUUGCGGUCUCGGUUAUGUUGGAAAUAAUACUUUCGCACAAAUGACCUUCCUGAAACAAUUGAUUCUUUCAGGAAAUGAACUUCAUACUCUAGAGGAAGGAUUAUUUGCGAAUUUGACGCGUUUGGAGAGUUUAGAACUCAACAAUUGCGACCUUAAGGUACCUCUUGAUCCAAAAGUCUUCGGUGAUCGUCAAUUGACUGACAUAGUAGAACUCAAACUUAGUGGUAAUCCGCUGAUUGUACCUGAUGAAGGCUCGCUGCUCCCAACGCAGUUGUCCAAUUUGGAGAUUUUGGAUCUCAGCAACUGUGGCAUCUCUCAUUUAAAUGAGAACAUAUUUGCCACAACGGAUAAUCUCACUCAAUUGAAUCUUUCGGGGAACACAAUAUCUGGCGUGGAAAAUCUGAGUUCUCUGAAAAAGUUACGCGCAUUAGAACAUAUAGAUCUAAGCAAUAACAAUCUUCGCACAAUCAAUCCCAAGAUAUUCAAGUCAAAUUCACGCUUACUGUCAGUCAAUCUCAUGGGGAAUCCGUUUAUCUGCAAUUGUUCUAUCGCGGAGACUUGGGAUUGGGCUAUACAGGAAAAAGGCGAUCUUCAUGUGCUUGUUGGCAGUCAACCGGCCAAUUUUCAAACUGGCUCUGUAAAACGAAGGAAAACUCUCUCUUGCGCCUACGAUGAAGAAACAUAUCGAAACUUGAUAGACGGCAAUCAGGCAACCACGACUCGCAAACAUUAUCCAAGUCAGUUUACGCCCUCUCGUACUUGGGCUAAAUACGUUCGCGAAUCUAAUUGUAAUCGGCGUUUAUGAUAUGCAGCUGUCAACUAUCAACAUCCAAUAUUAAACGUCUAUUAUCGUAAGGUACGUAGACAUAAACAAGAACUGUAAACAUGAACAAGUUCUACAUUAUUAAAUACCACUGCAACAUCGUAAUAUCGUAAAAGCCAUAAACUAAUAUAAUAGUAUCGUAAAAUUUAUAUUUCCGUGGCAUUAUUUUUGUAGUCAUAAGAUUAAGGCAGAUCUAUAAUAAUUUACGUUUAGAAGGUAUCGUAUGUCUACGCAUUGAAAUGUUACUAAGUCAAAAAAAAUACUCGGUUUUGUAUAUACUUACAUCGUCCUUUUUUGUACAUAAUAUUAAAAUGAUUCUCAUUCUCUCUCUUACUUUCUCUUUGUCGAUCAGAUUAAAUUUUCAUGUAUCCAAUUCAGCAAAAUAGUAUACUUAGACAAGUGUUAGAAUGGAUCAGCUGCCAAUGAUCGACAUUAAAUAAAGUUAAAAAAAGAUUUAAGAAAUUGUUGAGAACUAAAUAAUUUACUAAAAUUUACUACAAUUUAAAUUUUAUGUAUCUAUACAAAAGUUGUAACCAUUUUAAUGUUUCACAUGUUUGAUUGAGCAACUUGAAAACGUCUCAUAUUUUUACAUCAGCUAGAUAAACAGGAAGUAAAUUUUUCGUAAGAACUAAAAAUAAUAAAUAUAUUUUUAUGCAUUUAGUGACUGAUCAUAUUGUAAUAGUAAAUUUAGAAAUUGUUUGUGCGAGAUAAUAGGUCAUAAUUGAAGAUAAAUAAUAAAAAAUAUGUUUAGUUAGUAAUUAUACAACAGAUAAAACUUACGAAACGUGCUUAUGCUGAUAGUCGUGCAAGUAUCUUGCAAUUAUGUGAUCUGUUUCUCUCAGAUUACAAUUAAGAUUAUCUUAAUUUUAUAUAAUUUUAUUGAAUUAAAUUUAAAUUAUGUAAACUUUUUGACAUAUAUUUUAAUCACAGAUAAAUUAUAUUAAAAAUAUUGAUAGGAAAUCUGGAUUUAGUCGACUUAGCUUAAACAUUUAAAGAUUAAAGAAGCUACUAAGAGAUUACAUAAAUAAAAAAUCAAUGUCAAAUAUCUGAAAAAUCUUCGUAAUAUCAUGCUUAACGCUUUUGAAGAAAUGGGAACGUAUUUCUUGCAGAAAUUCUAAAUUGACUCAUUUACUUAUCAUGCCUUCUUCAGAAUUAGAAACUUUGAUUUUAUUAAAUAUUUCAUUAAACGAAUAUUAUAACGAGACAUUAAAUUUACUGUAAUUUACUUAUAAUGUUAAUAAUUGCAAGAAAUGUUAAAGAAAAUCAAAUGAUUUUGUAGAAUAUGACUAACUGAAUUUAGAUAUGUUAAAUCGGGUUAAUAAGUCGAUUAAACUCAAAUAUCUUAUUUAAUAAUCGUAUAUUUUCAAUAUAUCUGAUUAAUUACAAAUGUAAUGUAAUUAAUUUAAAAUAAUUUAAGGAAAAGAUUAAUUUUACUUUUCUCACGCUUGUUAUUAAUAAUAAUAAUUAUCAAGAACAUAAUAAAUUUGUACCAUUGCAAUAAUCACAGAUUAAUAUAAUAAUAUAUUGCCUUAAAAAAUUUGAGUCAAAGAUAUUACCAAAACUUUAAUACAAUUAAAAUAUUAACGCAAAUACAAUAUUUCUUUAAAUUUGUUAUACAUAUUUUGUGUAAUUAUAUGUUGAAGGAUAAAUUAAAAAAUUCGAUAAUACGUCAAAAAUACUAAAAAGAUCAAUUAUAAAAGGUACAGGAUUCAACUUUACGAUUAACGCAUAGUUACAUGCAGUUCACAUGGACACAUACAUACAACCACAAUUGCGCCAUCGCAUCCGAUAGCGUGUGAGUAUGUGGCCAUGAAGAUUAAGUGGUUUCCCCCUAUUUGAACUUCACAAUAGUCACGGAAAAUACCUGAUUAUCGUUAAAAGCUAAUAUGCAAUAGUAUCCAAUUAUGGCACGACAAAUGAAAUAGUUUCGUCUUUAAUUCACUAUUCGAAUUAUUCCAUGCAUCCUGUGGCUAUCCUAUUUUUAAGGUAAUUAAGUUAGCUUGUCCUGCGUUAUGUAACUGUUUACGAUAAGUUCAUAAGAUGGGCAAAAUAUAUAAUGAGCAAAGCCGUAGGCUUUCUAUAAAACUGAUAUAAUUGAUCUUACAAAAUUAUCUAGUACUCAAAUGUGUGCUAAUAUACAUAAUUAGAAAGUUGUUCAGAAAUUUGUGAAGUGGGACCAAUUUUCCUAUUAAUAUCUUGAUAACAUUUUUAUUAAAUGUAAUUUAAUUUUUCAGAAAUAUUAUAUUAAGUUGAAUCUAAUGAAACAGAGUAGUGCUAUUUUAAUAUGUGUGAUAAAUAUUUUUUAUUAUAUAAAAUUGUGUCUUUAAGUUUAUAGCAAAUCUUGUUGAAUUUAAUGAUCAGAAAUAUUUUGAAAUAACGUAAUCGCAUAUAUCAACUAUACUAUAAUGCUUGAACUUGUUCUCAGUUAUUUGAGAUAAUUACUGUUUAUUGUUUCAUUAUCUAUCAAGAAAGGGAUGUAAGCAGUUAUAAAUAGCGUCGUUAUCAUUACUUUUUUUAUAAUAAUGUUUUGGUGAUGACGUUACAAUUUUCCAUUACAGUAAUAAUAAGACCAAUUGGAAUUACUUGUGACAAUCAACUCAUUUCUAUUACGUGUCAUUCAUUAAAUAAUAGUAGCUUAUAAUUUUACUCGUUACGUAAUGAGUUAAAAUAAUACUUUUGUUUGUUACGUCAACUAACGAAUAACAUUUUCGAUGAGUAAUGCGUAAUGAUAACGAGAUAAUUGUCAAAAGUGAUUAUUCUAAUCUUGGAGCUAUUAUUACCGUUAUGAAAAUUGUAACAUCAUUACUAAAUCGUUAUUAAAAAAAAGAAAUAAAAUAAAAAUAAAAGUCAUGAUAGCUUGUUACUUGUAAUGGCACUAUUUCCCAUCUCUAUUGUUAUUUAUUAAAAGCUAUUAUAUAGUUAUCUUUGAUUUUAAAUAUUCCAUAUUCGUAUUUCUCAAUUUUACCGAAUGUGUUUGCUGAAUUUUUCUUGCAAAAAUUAUAAUUUAUGUUAUUAUUUUGUAUUCCACAAUUAUAUAGUUUAUAAAAUAUUUACGAUAAUAUACAUAUAUAUUGUCUAUAUUUUUCAGUAUCAAAAAUUCUAUAUUCUUGCAUUCAACCUUAACGAAAAUAAUUUUUCCUAUUUACUACGCCGAUAACAUUGGCAUUAAUAUUGCGCGACGUGAAUGCAAUAAGUUGAAACAACUUUCCUACACGUUGGCCUUCGCGUGUUUAAGUAAAUUAUAUCUAGAUUUUUGUUUAAACAAUUCAAUACUUAGAUGAUAAGCUGAUUUUAGAAAUUUAAGAUUUGCCAAAGUGAAAGAGAAAGGGAGAAAAAUAGGAAGUAAAAUGGUAAAUAAGUAUGAUAAAAUGGAAAAAAAGGCAUUCCUCGCUUGGCGCAUUUGAUCGAGAUUAAUCAUUCAAUUCUUGCGUAUGUAUUUGAUCGUAUAAAGCGAAUCAGCGAUCGUUCCCGCCUUCGCAUACAUUGUACAACACAGACGAUCGCGCGCCGAGCCAUUUUUUAUUUAUAAUCACGAAAUGUAAAAGACUGUUGUUUAAUAAAGUUGUCGUUUUCUUGGUAUA